ACGAAGCUGCCCAAACAAAGCACCAUGUCUCCCUCCUCAAAGCCCCCAUCUGCCUAGAGGCCAGGCUGGGAAAUGGGUACUUUUGUGGGUCUUAGCCCAGAAGGGGUGACAGGCAGAAGGAGGGGGCGACAGGAAAACCUGGUGGCAGGGUGGCUGUUCUGUCCCUGCGUCUUUUUUGGUUUCUUCCUUUAGCCCCUCCAUCUAGCUACUGGGCACCCACUCUGGGCUGAACGUUGGGCUAAGGGGUUGGGAUACGCAGACAAAUGACAUACAGUCCUAGCUCCUGGAAAAAGACCACCCAGGUCCUGGAUCCUUGCUUCCUCCCAUCUUCAGCUCCCUUACCCAUGACCCCUCACCCCACUUCUCUGAACCCGUCUCUUCUGCCCCUCUGACUUUGUUCUGUUCACAUCUUAACCAGACUCCGCUGUGGGUGUACUCCCAGAGGGAAGAGACACAAAGGAAGGGGGGGCAGAAAGGAGGGAAUCCCGCUGACAUCACGGCUCAUUAGCAUGUGUGACCUCAUCAGGGGGCGGAGCUAUCUCCCCAGGUGUCGGGGCGGGGGGGGGGGGGUAGAGUAUGGCUGGGUGGUAUUUAAAGGGAAAAGCUGACAGUGCUGCUGAGUGAGCGAGCGGGUGCUGCAAGCUACCGGGCUGCACACACACAACGAUGCAUUCGGACCUCGACACCGACAUGGACACCGACACGGAAACCACAGCACUCUGCCCCUCCAGCAGCCACCGGGCCUCUCCUCCAGAGACACCCACACCAGAAGCAGAUGCCACACUGCUGAAGAAGCCAGAGAAACUGUUGGCAGGGUUGGACUGGGGCAGGCCACCCCCUGCCCCAGGGGCUCCCAGACGAAGAGGCAGUAUGCCUGUCCCCUACAAGCACCAGCUGCGGCGGGCCCAAGCUGUAGAUGAACUUGACUGGCCACCUCAAGCCUCAUCCUCUGGCUCCUCUGACUCCCUGGGCUCAGGGGAGGCAGCCCCCACCCAAAAGGAUGGCAUCUUCAAGGUCAUGCUGGUGGGGGAGAGCGGCGUGGGCAAGAGCACCCUAGCAGGCACUUUUGGUGGUCUCCAGGGAGACAGUGCUCACGAGCUGGAGAACCCAGAGGACACCUAUAAGAGACGCAUCAUGGUGGAUAAGGAGGAAGUGACUCUAGUUGUUUAUGACAUCUGGGAACAGGGGGAUGCAGGGGGGUGGCUGCGGGACCACUGCCUUCAGACGGGGGAUGCCUUUCUCAUCGUCUUCUCAGUCACCGACCGACGAAGCUUCUCCAAAGUUCCAGAGACCCUACUUCGGCUCAGGGCUGGAAGGCCCCACCACGACCUGCCUGUCAUCCUUGUUGGAAACAAGAGUGACCUGGCCCGCUCCCGGGAGGUCUCACUGGAGGAGGGCCGCCAUCUGGCAGGGACACUGAGCUGCAAGCACAUCGAGACGUCGGCCGCGCUGCACCACAACACGAGGGAGCUCUUCGAAGGAGCGGUGCGCCAGAUCCGGCUGCGGCGAGGCCGGGAUGGCGCCGGGGGCCCGCGGCCCGAGUGGGGCAGCCCCGAGGGCCCUGCUCCGCCCGCGCGUCGCGAGAGCCUCACCAAGAAGGCCAAGCGCUUCCUUGCCAACCUGGUGCCGCGCAACGCCAAGUUCUUUAAGCAGCGCUCCAGAUCGUGCCACGACCUCUCAGUGCUCUGAGCCGUGGUCGCCAUGGUCACCGCGCUCUCUGCCCGCCCCUAGCCCCGCCCCGCCCUCGUUCGGCUUCCUCCGUGAAGACCGUCUAGGAAACCAAAAACUCCCGGGACACCUUGCUGUGACCGCGGGAGGCGGGCCCCCCGCCCCCAGGCCCCGGAGGGCGUCGCCCCACCCGCUCCAUGCGCUCUCCGUUUACCUCCCGGCCUCUGGGCUCCUGGAAAGAGGAAGCGGACCCGCCGAGGGCGAGCCGCGACCGGUGGGCGGGGCAGCUUCCGGCGGGCGGGGAGAAAAGUAGUUCUGCAAGGGAUUUUCUUUUUUAUUAAUUUACGCUUGACCACCUCUCCUGUAAAGAGAUGCUAAAAGCAAGAAUUGGAAGAGACCUUUGUAGACUUCUUUACAGUUUCCCACCUUUGUACUCAGCGCGAACAUGCCUCAUCAUAAGAGAUUCUUAAAGUCACAGAGCCGCUUCCUUGAGACUUUCCUACAGCGUCCUGGCUCUGAUCUAAUGCACUUGUCCACUUUGCCCUUAAGAAGUUCUUAAAGGCAAGGGCCUGGAAGCGCUGUUCUUCAAAUUCUGUGACUUACCGUGGCACCACGGCACUUCCCCUUUAAGGUUAUUAAAGGUAAGGCGUGCAGAGACUUUUGCCUGAAGAUUUGAGGGGUCGCAACCUGCCUUUUGCCAGGACCCAGGAGGCACCACCAAGGGGACCACCUUUCUCUUUUCAAUAAAGAAUUUUUCUACUGCA